AUGGAGCCGUUCAUUCAGUUGAGUUACAACGAACAGUGCCCCAAGAAAACUGCCAAGCUUCCAGAAAUAGCAUUACUCAAUAAAGGAAAAGUUUCUGAAUGCUUUUGGCUAGCUUUGUUGGAGAGAAAGUGCCCAGAAGGUGCGUAUACGUUAUGUGAUUUGUGAAGAUUUUUUGGGUGAUUGCAACGUCGGUAAAAGUGCUCAAGGUCUAUUCGUGCGUCUAUUCAAACCCGCCAAAAUUUCCAAUAAAAAUUCCAGGUAUAGCUAGCUUAAUGCUAAAUAAAGAUAAAUGCUAAUCGGUUAUGAAGGACAGGUUAAAUGGUUUUCAUACACUACGAAUGUUACGCAAAAUCGACUUGUGUAUAGUUCGAGUUAACAGUUAUGAAGUGAACAAUUAUUCACCUCUCCCUUUAUCCUCUGUGUGCCCAAAGUAGUUGUUUGCACGAAAAUUUUCAGUUAAUUUUAGCCUCUCAACUUUUCUUUUCACUCGUAAGAUUAAAUCAGUUCAAACGAACUUUUAGUUGCAAAACUGAAUCGCUAACUCAUAAGCCAACAUUGUAAAUAUUAUUUUGAAGUCGUCGCGAACAUUUUAGACACCCAGCCUAGGUCGGCAGACAUACAUGGAAAAAACCUUAAAUUACCUUCUAUGUGGUCAAAUCACUUAGUAUCAGGCAACAGCUGGGAUGUUUUGAGUCAACCUUGGAAGUAAAUUGUCACUAUUGAGGGUAUGCACAUAGUUCCAGUGUAUUUUGGUUUUCAGCAAUCUCUUGAAUAUAGACUGAAACUGUAGACUUGUGUUGCAUUUUGAAGUUCUCAUGCACUGGAAAUAUUGCAGUGUUUAUCCUGGUUUAGGAAAAGUUUUUUUCCAUAUUUAGAAUGUGGCUAAUUUAUUUGAAAUGUUAAUUUGGACUAAAUCAAUUUUGCAAAUUGGCAAGUAAUCAACAGCUUAGAAAUAGUUGUGUUAUGGACUCCUGAUAUGAUAAUUUGAGCCAAUCAACUAUUCUUUCCUCAAAACUUUCAAACAAAUUAUAAUCAUUAUGAACUGUUCAAUCAUGGUUAACAAACUUGGCAUCAUCGUCCUUCAAACCUGGAGGUGAGGAAGUAUCAUGGGAAGAAAAGUAGGUCCCUCCAUUUGUAAUUUGUGAAAAUAUUGCAGCUUCUCCCUUAUUUACAUUCAGACCCCUUUGUUUCUUUUAUCACACAUGUACUGUUACCUAGAAAUGCAGUUAAUUUCGUUGAAUUUGUUGAGCAUGCAUAAAAUAACCUCACAUUUGAUUUUACCCCUUUUUUGUAGGGCUUGGUGAAGUUAGUGAAGGACUGGUGAAUGAUGAAAACCUUACACCAGCAGACUUUCUCGAUGAUCUGAAUGUAUCACCAGACAUUUGUGCCUCCCCACAAACAAAAAUCAGCAAUGCUUGUUGUACAGAUUUUAAGACAGAGAAUGGUGAUCAGUUUAAGACACCAGUAACCUCAAGAUACAGUCACAAAAUUACUGAGACCCCAUGUUUAUUCUCUCAGGAUGAAUCAACUACAUGUAUUUGCAGCCCAACAUCAAGUAAGUAUUCCUGAUGUCUUGACAUGAAAUGAAUAUGUUGUAUUUAUUUUUCUUUGAGAGAUCUUGUUAACGAAAAUUACAAUCUGAUUGUUUUAUUUGCACAGUUCAGUUUUUCCUAACACUACCCAUGUCAUUAUACGUGUAGAGUUUUUAUGAGUUCUUGUACUGGUCUUUCAAAAUUAGAAGCAAUUUUUCUGUAUAUAAAUUUAGGUGUUUAAAACAUGAAAUCUGCUACUUCAUAGAGGUAAACAGCCCUUUCUCAGUUUGCAUAGUUUUCUGCUCUUGCCAAGCAGCAUGCACUGUGUGGGGAAAAGAUGAAUUGUUGCACAAGUGAUUUUAGUUGGGGAGAAACAAAAUUGGGUAGCUAAAUUAUUGCCUCAGAGUUGUUAUGACAUACAUCUAGUGAAAAACUGUAAUAGUAGUCACAAGACCUCAGUCACAUUUGUCACCAUUUGGACUUCAAUGUUGGCAAAUAAUAAUCUGUAUAUUUGCAUCUGCAUACAUACAUUUUUGUGUUAUAAUACAUCACAUUCACAAAUGUAUGUACAUUACAAUAGCUCAACUUCUGCAGAAGGGUUGGGAGUCACAUGAUACACCUGUCAUUAUCAUGGCAAUGAGCCAAUAAGUUUGUGAAAGUCUGUCACAAUCUUGCUUCAACCCACUGACUUAAAGCAUAUGUUUCCUUUUGUCCCAGGGUAUGCAUUUAAAUUAUAGUUGAUUGACUGCAUUUAAGUCUCUUGAGUGUGUUUACUUCUUAUGCUGUGUGAUGCAAAGUGUGUUUUGCACACAAUAUUUGUGUAAAUCACAUCCAUGUAAUGCUGCAGUACCAUAAAUUUUUGUGAUAGGAAUUUGCAUAAAUAUUUGUUAUGUUAAAGAGAGGAACAUCAGAUAAAGCUCUUUUAUCACAGCUAUAAAUAGAAAGUAUGCAAUUGUGCAUGCAACUGUUGCAUGUUUCUUUCUGUUGUUAUGAACUUGAAUCUACAAUUUAAUUAUAAUCCCAAUAAUAAUAAUAAUAAUCCCAAAUAGGAAAGUACAUUAAAAAACAUGUUAUGGUAAACUUCACAAAGUUUCAUUGAAUUUUGUCAUACUUGUACAACCUUAAGUGUUUUAUGUUACCCUUUGUCAUAAAAAAAGGUUUGAAGUCACAACCUACCGGUCAUGGAGAUGAACUGUUCAAUCAAGCUGAAACAAGCACUGAUCUUUCUCAGUCUCCUACCACUCCAGUAGCUUUAUCCAGUUACAAAAGUGGAAGUGAUUGGUCUGCAAGAAGAACAACAUCGCCAGACAUUUUAGCAGAAAUACUGGUAAGAGAAUGCUAGCUAAAGGGAACAAGUUGAAAAUUAAUUGACUGAAAAGGGGAGGUGGCUGUCCUUGUACGAUAUGUAUGUACUCUUAAUUGACUACUUCCCUAGUGGAGCUUUUUCAAGGGCAAUUUGAACAAAUUGGAAACUGGCAGGAGGCAGCCAGUUGGCCAUAUACAAGGCACAGCCAAAUAUUUGAACUUGAGGCAAAAAAAAGCAAACUAAUGAGUAGCAGGUGAAAGAAUUUGAACCCAGGGCCACUACAUCACAAGGCCAGCACCCUAAUCUUUUGGCCACACUGCCUCCCUAACAUUUUGAGGACUUACAUUACGUCUCAUCCUUUGCAUAAUAGCAAGGCUUUCGGACAAACCUCCUAAGAAAAAUAGUGUGGAACAAUUUUCUGGUCUUUGCAAAAUGUUGCUUUGGUGAAGUCCUAUCAUACCAUGAAACUAACUUACUAUAAAGAAAAACGAACUACAAAAUCAAACUAUUAACUAAAAACAUUGCCUAGUUUUUCUACAGGUGUAUUGGCCACAUCCAAACGUACAUGUGACUGUACAACUUAGCCGAUUCCAAUUUCUUUAUGAGCAUGCGCAGAGUGCCAAGAAGUCUCAGUGUCUCCUAAUUGUAAUUCUUGAUCACCUGCACUAGGUGUAAAAAUUUUUCUUGAAGGCAAAUUCCUCGAUUUUUAAGUCUCUUUCAAGACUUCAAUUGUUUAUGAAAGUCCAUAGCAUUUCUCUUUAAGUACGAGUGACAGUGUUUUAAGCUCUUAUUCUGGUACUUUCGAUUCCUCAUGGGGACUCAGAAUUUUUUAUUUGUCCCACGUUCAUAACAAGAUGAAAAACAUCUUUCUCAAAAUUCUUCAGUUGUUACGUGGCUGUUAAGAUAUCAGUACACUGCAGCUGGACAAAGUCUAUAACUCUUGUUCUUUUUGCGACUGGCAGAGUUUCAAGCUCUCAGUCUGAUAAUGUUUUGGGAAAAUAUUCCUUCAUAAGAAAUUCGUCACUUGUUGAGUCUAAUGAUCAUUUUAAAAUGGUUGGUAAAAGUCGACGUUAAUUUUUGGCUCAUCGAUAUAUAUAUAUAUAUAUUUUUUUUUUUUUGACAUUCUACAUUUCAGUGCAUGUCAUCUUGGGUAGUUUUUCCAGUUAAAAUAAUGAUAUCAUUUAAGCACCAUUGUUAAGAACGAGGGAAGAGGUCAGACAGAAACAGUGCGGGUGCGGUGAAGUCGAGUAAUAAAACAAAUACAGUUUAUGUUUACGGGCGUAAAUAUGUUUUGGGCCUGACUUAGAGUCAUUUUAGCUCGAGCCGCCAGGUGAGGGUUGAACUGAGUUUGGGAAUAUUUAUGCCCAAGAACAUAAACUGUAUUUUUAUUAGUAUCAAAAUAAUUACAGAAAAAAUGACCAAAAACACAGUCUGAGCAAUAAAAAGAGUGUGAUUUUACUCUGUGGUUCGCCAAAAUCUCUAUUUUAGUCUGUAAAAUGCCAUUAUGCCCGACAAAAUGAUGAUAAUAAGUUUUUAAGUUAAAAAAAGGUGACUUUCAGUUGAAUUUUAACGCUUUCCGACAUACCCCAUUUAGUGUAUGGUGCGUGAAAACGUAUUUCCAUUGGAAAUCGAAGCUCCUUUUCCAGGUAUUUAAUAUGGCUACAAGAACUUGCAAGAGUAUAUAAAUGCGAUACCUCCAGGGGCAUGAAAACUCAAGAGUCAAAAAUGCGUAAAGGCUCUUCAAGACCACAGCGCAUGCGCUUUACAUUUAUUUUAUUCACUAGAUCCGAAAGGGUUUUCUAGAAUUCCUUGACAGUUCCGUCAUCACUUAAGUCGACCGCCUUCGCCUCUCAAUUCCUUUGGCAAGUUUGUCGUGUUAUUUUCUCCAUUAAAUAAACCUGUCGCUGAUGUCUUUAAAUUGAUUCGAGCUUUGUUUACAUUUUUUAACGUAAAAUUGAGUAUGCAAUUUCCAUGUUUAGGUUAAUGGGAAACUUCGAAAAAAUUACUAUCAAUGACAAUUACAAAUUGCGGUUUUUUACAUUAUUUGCAAUGAUAUGGGGUGAAAAGUAACGUGGCCUUUCCUUUCCAUACGUGGAAAACGUAAAAUUUUCGAUUGUUAAAGAUCGUGUUGUUCUGAAAAUGUGUUUUUAUGCUUUAUUCAAUAUACAUGCAAACAGUCAUCUGAGAGCUCUCAGCGCUAAAGAGAACUAUUCGACUGACCAUUACGAAAAUAUGUUUUGGGUCAUGAGCAAUAUUAAUAACAUGAGUUUUGGGUUAAUUUUUUGUCUAUUUAUCACGCAAACAGAGAGUUAUUUGAUGCGUUUUGGUGAAAAUUGAAAUUCAUAGUGCUUAUGCGAUGCUGGCAUAAUACUAAUUUAGUUUACCUGUCUCUGAGAUUUUUUCUAUUUAUCACGUAAAUGAAGAGCUAUUUGAUGCAUUUUGGUGAAAAUUGAAAUUCAUAGUGCUUUAUGCGAUGCUGGUAUAAUACUAAUUUUGUUUACCCGUCACUGAGAUCAAUAAGAGAGAAAAUCACGCGUUUUACGUUCUUGAAAUUUAUUCAUAUUCACAAGCCCCAAUUAAUCGUUUUACCAAUGGACUGUUAUGUCAAACAUCUGUCUUAUGUUUGUGUACAACUUGUUUCACAGAGUCGGAGCGAUUUAUUCUAAGACAAAACAAAAAAAGUGCGGUAUAGGUAACUCCAAGAAAAAAAAAGUGAAUCUAUCGAAACGAUUUACAGUUGUAUGUCUUUUGCCAUGAUGAAAGUGAUUGUGGACCAUAUUUUUAGACCGGUUAUUUUUUUAGUGCAAUUUCUCUAUGACUGUCAAGAAAAUACGUUGAUGCCUGCCAGAUUUUGUCUUAAUUACGUUUACUGUUGGUAGAACUAAACCGACUUUACAUAGUUAAAAUGAUGAAGUAUUCAGCACGGAACAGAGUACAUGCGUUUGAUGCCCUGAAUCAGCAGGGAGCUGGAUUGAAAACUCUUGGUUAUUGGGAAGCGUUUUUGUCUUUCCUUCAUUGCUUACUGCGCAAAUCUGCUUUCUAUGUAGUAUGUGAUAAUAUUUACAGUUAAUACUUACCCUUGUUGAAACGUAAGCGUACAGGAAAAGGAAAAUCAAGUCAUCCGUUCCUUCCAGAAGCUUCUCGGUCGAUGCCUUUGUGUCUCAAACAAACUCGAAUAUUUAUAGUACGUCUCGACUUUCUCUUGGUUGAUUAUUUCAGUAGUAGGAUUGUGUGUAAACUCUCUCUUUUUUUUUUUACUUUUUAACUUUUCCCACUCCUUUCCCUCAGGGCCAAAGAGAACCCACUCUGUCGCGCCUGUUAGCUGGAGGUCAUGAAGACGAGAUCACAGAAUGGUCCGAAUCGAUGGCAACUCCGCCGUUGAAUACAACAGAACCAGCUGGAGGUAGGAGAAAUCCCUUUAUGGUGUUAAUGAUCGAUGUUGAGACAGCCUUUCAAAACGUGACUCUCAGGCGAGAAUUAGCGCGUUGAAUACGUCUUGCUUUCGAACAUUUGACCCCACUUUGCUUCUCUGCGGUUCAGAAACCGUUUCGUUAUCUGUGCCGGCGUUUCUCUUCUGGUGAAUGUAUUUUUCUCUUGAUUACUUAAGAGUUUUUCCAUGUGCAGCUGUGAGUAUUUGUAGUUAAGUGCUUGCUUUUAUAAACUAGCGAGGUCUUUUUGCGACUUUUGUAUCUUACCUCCGGUGUGUUAAUUAGUUUUCAAGUGCCGUAUACAUGUAUUUUCAUCAAUACAAAUGCAUAUUUUUCCUCAAGCAGUUCGUUUCUGACUGUGAUGUUAUUAAUUAUGAAUGCAUCAGUGAAAAGCUACCGAUUCUCGUGGAUCCACUAUUGGUUAAAGAACUUUCUUAAACACCGUAUUUUUAUCAACUUGAUAAAGUUCGUCGUCUCCUUCGAUAGAUCCCACUUGAACUUUCUCAACCAGCUUAUGUGCUAAGUAAUGUUUUGUUUAUCUCAUUCGUGGUUACCGAAUUUGCACUGAUUUGGGCAUGUUUGGGCGUGCUAUUUUGAACAGUAGCUUGUAGUCAUUCGGCCUUGUGGUCAAUUCAUUAUUGAUGACCUGUCGCUAACGGUCUCACAAAGAUGUAGCAAAAAAAAAAAAAUAGUGUUCACGAUAUCUAUUUCUACUCUUCAACGUAAACUUAAUGGACCUGUCUAUUUUGGAGAUCAUUUUUUUUAGUGUAACGAGCAAUCUUGGAAGUAUAGUUAAUUAGAUGUGGAGGUGUAAACAGUUUAUGGCGCACGGGGUCGGGGUCGGGGCCGGGGCUGAAGGCAGGGAAGAUAACACGGGUAAGGUGUAUGAAAUAUCAGCCUAGAUCCUUUCGACCUCCGCUAAUUUGCUCACGAGUAACGGUUCAUGAAUACUUUAAAUGAUUCUGUUUUAUUUAAUGUAUCCUUUUCUACUUCGUGAAGUCCGUGACUUAAUCAUCUCGAUGAACUCAAAUGAAUUAUACAUAUACAUGGCCGAGAGACCCUUUAUGAAAUUUUAAAUUGUUGAAAGAGUUUGAAGUGAAUUUUUAAAGAUAUUGCUAUCAUCUCUAUCUUGGAGAUAAACUAAAAAAAAGAUAACUUCCCAACUCGACCGGAUAUUUCCAAACAGCUGAUGUUCAAAAGAGCUACGGAGUGAGAUUUGUUGUCAAAACUGGACGCCGUAUGAAAAGAUAUUUACAUGAAAAAAAACCUUUGAAUUUAUAAUGUUGAGAUAGGAAAACCAAAAAGGUUAUUGUAAACUAACAUGGAAUAAGAAUGAAAAACAACGGAGAAAAAUUUUAACGGAUUACAAAUGACAAAUUCGAAAUAAGUAAUCUAAAUCCCCGUAAAUGCAUCAACGGUUAAGCAGGUACGGUGGAAGUUGCUCAUAACGGUUAGAGAAUAACGGGGAGAUCACCUGUAACGCAGUAGGGGAUCCGGGAUUGAAUGAAAAGUACGCGGGAAAAAAAAAAAAAAAAGGUCAAAGCAUUGAUCUAAAUUGUUGACUUAGUAACUUGACAUUUGUAGGCUUAAUACUGUGUGAAAUGGAAAGAAAAGGAAAUUGAAUCCAAGUAUAUACCCAUUCAUCUCAUUACCGCCUUUUGUUUCUUUUAACUUUACUGCAAAGAAUUUACAAGCUCCUUGCAGUCAGGUCAACAUUAAUUUUCGUACUGUGAACGAGAGUGACCGAUUGGCUAUCACCAUAAGAGUGAGGAAUAAAUUUGACUAUGCGAGGAGUAACACAAUUAAAUCUUAGGAAAGUACAGUAAAGCGCUUUAACCCAACCCCUCGGCUGUUCCACGCGGAGACCCGUAGGAACCCUCUUGAAAAUCUCCAUGUCUACGUUAACGAGAAAAAGAGAAUUAUUGGCUCCCAUCACGCACAAUACAAUGUAUCUGUAAUUGUUUGAGUUUUUUUUUCUUAAGUUCAAUUAUACACCUGCCACAAGAUGAACCGAGUUAUCUUUACUUCUAUCUUCACUUGUGAUUGCUUAAUUUUUUCUUCUAGUUCGGGUGAAUUAUUUAUCAUUCGCAGCCAUUGUUAUGGAUUAAAAACCGUCUAAAUUAAUUACUUUGAAAAUUUGUUCCUAAAAUUUCCAACUUUUCACACCAACUUGAUGACAUGGAAAAUAAAUUUUUUUUACAGUGUCUUGGUUGUCCUAUGUUUUUAUGCUUUUGAAUUAGUAAUUACUUUUGAGAUCUCAGUCUCACAGGGAAGAGAAAAGGAGAACGUAAGCCUCUUUGAUUAUAAAAGACUGCGGCACGUGUAUUAUAUGUUGGCGUCAAAACAUCGCCUAAGUUUUGAAUAGAUAAAAGCAAUGACGCGGCAUCAAGUUUUAACAAGCGGCAUGCAUCAAAGAAAUAUGCGGUGGCCUUAAGGAGAGGAGAUCUCUCUCGAUCACUGUACUUGGGUUGUCUUCGUUACUGUUAAUAGUCCGAAAAUGGGCGAUGCAACAAGGCAUUUUGUUUUGUUCUUCCUUCACUUGUUUCUUGUUAUUUUUAACUCCAAGACCCACGACCUGGUUUAAAGCAUAAACUAAUUUAAAGCGGCAGUGCUUUCCACAUUGCAUGAUUGCAUGCCGUGCGCUUCGUGACCCAGAAAUUGGUUGCGCAAUUGUUCUUCCACGGUCUACCCUUUCAGCUUUUCACUCUCAAGAUAUAAAUAUUAUAUUUAUCCAGACUAUUUCGCACACAUUUUUUUAGAAUUUUACCUCUUGGAAUUUGGAGUUGGAUUUAGUGAUAUUGCCCUUCUUAUCUCCUGGAAAAUUUGAAGAAUUUGAAACGACAGAUUCCUUUUUCCCUGGAAUCAAUCGAUUCAAGUUUUUGAUAUCUCACGCUUGCAUCCUUAAAUUGUACUCGAAGAUUGUCCUUGUAAUUGCCGUUAGCUGUUUAGCUCAAGUAAGAACUCUUCAGAAUGAAGUAAUUGCUAGCUCUCGUUUGGGUCUAGGGUAGAAGUACAAACAUGCUUCUAGAUUUAGGGUUUUCUCUAACGUUACAUUACCUUGUUUUUAGUUUCGUGUUUGACACAAUUGCGAUAAAGGCAUUCCUCCAUAACGCUCGAGUGUGGUAAUUGAAUAUUUAGUGUUAUUUUUAUUCAAAGAACUUAGAAAUUGUGAGUGCCAUUCGUUUCCCGCCAACAAUUGCUUCAGGCGUGGUUCAGUUGUCGUGGCUUGUGUGGGUGGAUGAUCUGAUUGGUCGAAGGAAACCUAAAAUUGUCUUACUUGUGUAAUGUAGCCUGAGGCGUUGUCUUGUUUUAUUAAUCAGCAAAGCUUGAGUUCCAGAUUGACUUUCUUUCAGUAAACAAUUAUCACUCCAAUUGCUACUAGUAAAGCAUUCGCCUCAAAGUUGGAAAAUGCUCUUUGAGUGUGUUUCUGAUCUAAAGUAAACUGCUCUCAACCUAUGGGGUUUGACAGAACCAAACCGCCGUAAAGGAUUUUGAAAAGGCCACGUUUCGAGUCUUUGUUUGAAGGAAGUGCUAAGAAAGCCAUCUUUUCAAAAUUUUCUGAACCGGCUCAGUGCUUUUAUCAUUUUCCAGUUGAUAAAGAACUGAAGCAGUGCCUUAAUUGGUUUGGUAUUAGUUUUCUAGUCAGCAAACCAACUUGCCACAUGCUGCGACACGCAAUUUCACCAUUUCACGAGACAAGCGAGUAUUGCAACGUGGACCUGUAAAGAAAGCUUUCUCUGACACUGCCUUGUCUUCAUAUUCUAUCGUAUUCUUGUUUUCAUUUUACAGACCCAUCUGAUGGCCAAGUAGACGGUGAGAACACCGAUGAAAAGGUGAUGGGAGGAGAAGGGCAAAUACCACCUAAGGUACGCAAAACUCUAUCAGAAAAAUAUAUUAAUUACCUUUGCAAAUAUCUCAGCGAAGCAUUUGUUACCCAUGUGAUCUUCAAUGUUAUGAAAAAAGAGUAAAGAAACGAAGCGCUGAGAAUGAAACAUAGCACUUGAACGGUUUAAAUGGAAGAAUCUUGUUCCUGGCCAUACUCCCAUUUUUCGAGUUUUACUCCAUACUCAAUCACUAAAAUUCAAACUGCGUAGUAGACGGUGAUUUCAUCAAUUCCUGUUUCUUAACAUGGCUUUGUUGCUUUUUCUGCGGCGAUAUUCGAACGAAAUUUUCCUGGUGUUGAUAAGAUCAUUCGAGAAUGAUUUUUGGGGAAACAGUAUAAUUACAGUGACACGGAGAUAUUUCAUCAGAAACAGUGCGGAGAGUCAAAGCUAAUCUAAGUGAUCAUGAAGAAGCGUGGUAUGUACGUGAAGUAGCCAAGGCCCUUUAAAUGUUAGGCAUGAAAUAUCCAGGGCAUAGCUUAAGCGGUUGGUUUAUAAGGGUGUGUGAUUACCCUCCUUGCCAAAAGGAAAAAGUGUAAUUUAAACUAAUAAAACAACCAGGCAUGUACCCCUUAUGCCCAGGCUCUAAGUGGAAGGUGGUUCGGGGCCCUGCUAAUGGAAAAUACAUAAAUGAGAACCAAGACCUGACGUGUUGUCAUUUACCACAACAUUGCAUUAUAUUUCAGCGCAUUGCCCGUGUCCUGUUUUCAGGAUGUUUAGCGGAUCAGUCGUUGGAAGCCAUGGAACUCUCUCUGGAUAAAGCUAAGGUGGACGACAAGUCUUUGGUGCCAUUGAAGAUUACGGGUUCAACGUUACGAACAACUCCAAGAAUGGAGACAGCCGAUAGCUCACUCACGGAAGAGGAAUUUGUUAUGGAGUAUUCUUGUCACGACGAGUCAAAACGGAGUGAUAUAACUCUUUCAGAACGAUUUUCAGGGGUAUCUAAAGUUACGUUGUCUGCUAAAGGGCCCCCUAGCCCAAUUGAUGCAGAUGUUGCUAUUAGAAUGACGUACUUUUCUCCACCAUCUGCUAAACCAAGCUUAAUACAUUCACCCCAUCCCAACAGUUUUCUUUCACCUAAAAGUCAGAGUCCUUUCCAAGUACUAGCCCAGUCCACCCCAAAGCAAUCAUUUAAAGGCGAUCUCCCCAAAGUUAUAAACACGUCCAGGACGAAUGAUAAGAGCGUAACUGAGAACCAUGACACGAACCUUCCCCUUGAUACAAACAUGCACAAUCAUUUGCCCGACCAAUUGUGUGACAUGAAUGAAAAAAAAGUCCACUCUGCAUCAGGCGAUAAAAUUGACGCUGAGGAACUAGAUCAUGAACUUGAGGAUGCGGAUGUUUCGUUCGGUUCACCAUCGAGAUCGUUCGAACUGGCCAUGGCGCGUGAGGCGGACAAGCUGUGUUCUGGGGCAGAGAAAGAUUCACGCACCUCCGGACUAGGUAUGACACGUUUGAUUACUUUCAAUAAUAUCAGAAUAACGUCUUUUUUUUCAGGUUUGGCUCUAUUAGGUUGAUACUGUUACACGUAUUGUUUCCAAUCAUGUAACGUGAUGUGACCAUAAGGAUUAACUCUUCUAAUUUGGCCCAGGUAAAUACCUCCCUCCCCCUCCCUGCCCAAACAAUCGCUGAUAGAUUUUCUUGUAGUGGAAAGAGGCACGGUGAAGGUAAAGUGUCUUGCCUAAUAAUAGACACGAUGACCCGGCCAGGACUUGAACUCGAAACUGUGCUAACUGCCAAGUGCCGCAACGCGUUAACUACUGGGUCGGUGCAUCUCCCUGCACGAGCUGAAAGCCCCAGUGCAUCAGACAGAAAGAGAGACCCUUUUUCGUCACUGACAGGUUACUUGUUAAUUUUUUCCGGUCAAUUUAAGUUUUCCCUCCCCUAUCUGUCCUUGUUUUAACACUGAGGAGCUGCUUUGUUUACGAUGACUUGUCUCAAUGAUACUUCAGCUGAAGAAGAGAACGGAUGUCCUCAGUUGGCUGGUACAUCACUUUAUUCUUUCCAAACUUUUAAUAAUUCGAAACUAUCCUUUAAAUGCGUAACAGUUUUAACUUAUCAGAAACUACAUGGUAAGCAAUGUGUUUGAAGAACGUAAUCGAUUUACUCGCUUAGCUGGUCCUCGAUCCAUUUUCGAAACACGCUCACUCGAGCAAAAACGGUAAAGUGAGCCUUUGAAGAACAUGUGGUGUCCCCCCAGCUCACAAUACCCUGCUGCACCCACCGCCCAGCGGAGUUUUGGCAGACGAAGGGCCCUCCGCUGUCACCGAAGCAACCACUGAUCUUGGUUUUACCCGCAUCUCCUGCACAAAUCAUGGCGGAAGUUACAGCACUCUCCCCUGGUCUGCUAACAGGUGACGCCAUAUGCUUGGCUUGGCAGACGCGGUUGGACACCACGGGCAUGGCGGCUUGUUGGAGUUUAAUAGCAGCAGAGUCUGGAUGAGUCAUCUGUCCCCAGCCUAUAAUGAAGGAUACCCUGACAUGUUAACAUCAGCCUUUGUCAAAAAAUACGAUCUAAACAGUUGAACCUAUCGAAGAAAUUUUCGCUGGUUGUUUGCUUUUUCUAAUUAGGGGUGUCAGUGAACACCUGUCACAACCUUCUCCUCAAUGGGAAUUUGUGGAGCAAUAAAUAUCGUAAAAAAAUAAUUUGCUGCAAGUGUUGGAGAAAACUCCGCUUGGUUCCAUUAUUUUUCUUUCGAUAAAAUCUUGGUUGAACCUUGACAUUUCGCAGCAUUCCUAACGCGGAAGGUUUCCCGUAAUUUUUUACUGUCAAAUCAAGCUUUGCUAGGGAGCAGACUAACUAGAGUCUUUUAAUAAAAUGGUAAUUUAAAAAGUAGCGCUUACGGGUGCUCUCAAUUGAUAUUCACAAAUAAUUUUGAUCCAUUUUUACCUGAGAUGUAACAUUUUGUUCCAAUGGGCACCACUUCGAACUCAUCCGGUAAACAUACCGUGUUCACAAAGGAUGUCCUUGUAGCUGAUCGCGUCAACUGCAGCAAGGCUAUAUCGUUGUUAACGGCAACUGGUGAAUUGUAUUUGGGAUGAACUACAACUUUUUUCACGGGGAACUCCUGCUCGGUUCCUUCAGGUUUCUCUCUGUGGAGGUCACCUAGCGUUACGCUGUACACGCUAGGAUCUUCUUUUGAGAUGCAAUGUGCAGCUGUCAUAACCCAUGAUGGAGUAAUGAGCGAGCCGCCACAUGUGAAGGUGCCUUCGGUUAGAAGCUUCGCUUGCCAGGGCCAUUCGCCAUAGGAAGCAUCCGUGCCAGCAACUACCCGGCUUCCUCCUACCGUGGACUUACCACACGUGGCUGUCACAUGCAUAUCACGUUUACGGAGAAAGAUAAAAUGUUAAGAACUGUUUGAAUCUCGAUAAGGCAAAGAAAAAAUGUCUCUUGUUCUCAACAAUUAAAGUUAGGGUGUACUAUUUGAAAGAUGCUAGCAGAUGAAAUUGCGAUUUUGCUAGAUUGCAAUUUUACAAAGUUUUAUCGCUAAUUUGCAAGAUUUGAAGAACAAAAAUAUUUACUAACAAAUUUGAUGUUUGUUAGGGUACUUACGUAAAUUGAUAAAAUCCACUCCAACCUUCUUUAGUUCAUCAUCUUUGAUUUAAAAAAAAUGGAGAAGGAAAUUGAUAUUGAAAUUGAAGUAAACGUAUGCAAAUAUUCAAAACUAUUGUGGCAAAUUAAUUCAUCGGCUAUUUUAGUGGACUUCCAUAGAGCCGAUCAUGACUUGAAAAAGUUGGGCUUGGUUUGGUUGCCUAAAGCUUGAUACUGGAUGACCCCUUCAAAUGAGACGAGUGAUGAAACAGUUUGACUUUAGCAGCCUGUCCAAGUUCUUGGUAAGUCAGGGGUAAGCGAAGGAAAGAGGGGAAAGAAGAGUGGAACUUGAGAAAAAUAAAAUUCCCAAUUCCCCCCAGCCCCGCGCCAUUCUUUGCGAAACAGAAGAAAAGCAAACUAGCAAACUAGAGGUCACUCCGGUCGUUCUUGAGUGCAGCCCUUGCCUUCAGCCUCUUGAACUUGAGCAGAGCUUUUUCCCAUACUGACCUCCCACCCGGUAAAUAACGGAUAUUUACUUUAAGAACUUCACUUUUUAAAAAUUGAGUUGAGAUUCAAGUUUCCUUUAAAAUCCGUACCUCUCGCUGUUUUCUCAUUUUUUCUUCUUUUUGUUACGUUAUCAUUUGUGAACAUCGCUGCUCGCACAAUGUCAAGUUGGCUAUGUGUUUGUUGGAUACAUAUUCAAUCUUUGAUGCUCUCGAAAGCACAAGCAUUGUAAUCGAGAAUAAUUCGAGUUACUUCGUUCUUAAAGCUGCAACCCAAACAUUUCUACCGGUAUAGCUCUUUAUUUCCUACUUCAGUUAGUAAUACUGAAAGGCAGAGUUUCGUGUCUUUCAUUUGAAGAAGAGCAGCUUCAAAAUAAUACUUUUCCUUGACUAUGGACAAAGUUUAGCGUUGCCGGCAGAGUUCCAAAAUGACAUAUUUAAGACGAAAUAGUAUCUACAGAGCGAAAAACUGCCAAACAAUUACCCUUUGUCGACAUUGGCUCGAUUUGAAAAUUCUUUAAUGUCACAAUUACGCUUUGAAAAUGAGAUGUAUCGAUGCAUUUGUAUUAACCUCUGGUCAGUUCUAUUUUAUUUGUAAGAAAAAGAUGGUAUCACAAAUGGCUUUUUUAAAGCAGAAGCUUUCAGUGAACUCUUUUACGCUUAAAAGUUGACCAUUCAUCCCUUUUUAUAUCGGUGCAUUUUUUUUUGAAAGUUAUAACGUGGUAAAUCAACAGGUGCAUAAGGCGCCAAUCACCACAGCACGCCUCGAGCUACACUCUGAUGUUGUCUACUACUAGUAGUCACUUGAAAAACCAAGACAUUUGAAAUGCAAAUUUCUGCUGGAUUCGAAAUCUAAUAUAUAUGUCGAUGAACUGAAAGUUUUUAUUGUUCUAUUAUUGAAAGGAAAUAAUUUUCAUCAUCACUCACAGCUUUCUUUUCUCCUUCUUACAGUGUUUUCUCUUGUAAUAGAAAAUUCAUCCACUGAGCAGACAGUUUUUCAUUUAAAAUAAGGGCAUUUGUUCCCGUACCUAUAAAGCUAUGAUCAGUUUUUUUAAAUUGAUUGUUUAACGUCCAUGACGUGAUGAAUAUUCUUCACGCGGAAGGCAAUUUCUUGAAUUUAUCAAACGAGGAGAAAAAACAGGUAUUGUAUUUGGUGGAGAGAUUUCUCUCUUAUUUCAAAACUAGCCUCACUGUUGUCGAAUUUGCUCAAAAUACUGGAAGUAACUUUUGAACUUAAAACAGUUCUGCUCACAUUACCGUUUAUAAUAUAAAUAUUCUCAAGCUAUUUAUGAGGCAGAUGUAAAAAUGCGACUCAAAAAUAUAGCGCUUGGUAAAGAAACUGCAUGGGAAAUUUCCGUGAAACGGUAAUGGCUUAGAUGAAACCCGUUUUAAUGAAAAAGGAAAAAAAAAAAUUCCGUAAAUCGAUGUUGACAAAUUUGACAUCAAAGAUAAACGGACCAUUGAGUUUCAUGGCGUUGUAGUCUCUGCGAUGAUGAUGUGAACUCUUGAGAUCGGUAAUUUAAAAGAAGGCAGUCGAUGGACCGCGAAUUUGCUCUUUGUGCCUUUUUUUUUUAACCGAAAAAGAAAAAGAAAUGUAUUUCCAGCGUUAUCUAUGAGCCUUUGUGUCUUGAACGCGGUUUUGCUAAGCAGCAAAUAAAGCUUUUAAAAUACCCCGCCCUUACCUUCGCCUGGCAAAAGCCUUAAACGUCGAGAUUCAGCACAAAAUGUUGAAAACAGCACUACAGCAAGUAACAAGCAUACGGACGCUAGAUGAGUCAUGACUAUGAUGAUAAAUACGCCGAUCACCCGAAAAAACUUAUCUCUGCGUGGUUUACACUCCAGCGACGGCGAACAUCUGUUUCCGCUUGCAGGCUUUAUGAUUAGGUGUAUUUUAUGUGUUAUUAAUGUAAAUAUCCUGCAUGGCGACGGUAGACAGUUUUCUCUGUAAACGUCUUUAUGCCUAAUUGGUUGAACUUAAGCUGAGAGGUUUAAACAAAACAUUGAAAUGUGAGUCAACUUGUAAAAACAAUUAGAUCAGCUCUGUUUUUUUUUAUAUUUUCUAUGCUUCUCUUAUUUAUUCUCUUUUUUUGGUUUUGAUUUUUAUCUUUUUUGGUGCACUUUUUUUUUGAGAAAACAUUGACAUAGAUUAAAAAUUAUUUUAGGUUAUUCGGUUAUUCAUAUCUACGAAGCUCAUAUGAUGUCAAACAAAACUGUCUAAAGCAGACCAUAAGGAGUGGUCAUGAGUAGUCCCACUAGAGGCUCGGUAUAGACCUUUCGAGCUCCAUCUCUGUUAACCAUCCUCCUUCCUCAGUAAUAUCAUUUACCCUUCGUCUAUAAUUACCCUUCGUCUACUCCGGAAACCUGUUACGUAAAAGUCUCCUUUUUAUAAUUUGUAAUUUUCAACGACUCAACCAACACUAAGAAAAUAUUUCGACCUAAUUCCCUUGAACUUGUACAAUUUCUUGGGCAGCACCAGGUCAUAACGUCCUUUUCUGUCACUUCUUUACGUUUUUAUUACACACGAUACUAUUGUAAUGCAUUAUUGUGAGGCAUGGCAAAUGGACAUGGCAAAUCUUAAAAACGCAGAUUUUGAAAUGUAAACCAAGGUACACGACUUAAAGUGUUACUCCUGCUAGCAAGACGUCGAAGCCCUUUUAUUGCUUGGGUUUGACGUAAAAGACAGAAACGAGGCUGCCAGUUUUUGACUCUAAAUAUAUCAGUUGAUACACUUUCUUCUGAGUAAUUACCUAGAGAAGGCUUCAGUUUUCUUCGCACUUGCUCAUUUUGAAUUAUAGCUAACCCCUUCCCGCCUUCCUUCGGCAACUUCAAUGCCUCAAUCACCGCCCCAUAGAUGGGGUUAGUCUAGUGUGCGUAAGGACCAUAGUUAAAGGAAAAAAAAUAUCAUUUUUAUACCGUUGAUUCCCAAAAAUUGUUCGUCACCUCUUAGUUUAUAAAUUUAACCGAAUUAAACAGUUUUUUUCAUAGGGGCUACUUGUUCUUAUAGGUUCAUCAUUGUCCGUGAGUUUAAACCCUCAGUCACAGAACACUGACGAUGAAUUGAUUAAUAGCACUGUCUCCCAGCCAACCAAUUACAUCCAAGAGACUGCUCAAAUCCCAAGAAAUGGAAAUACAUUGCAAAAUCUGGGUGAAAACAAUAUCACCAUAUCUGGUGAGACUACCGGUGGAUCAUUGCAUGGUCAUGGUAACUACUUAAGAAAAAGGUCAUUCUGCAAAGUACCCGGAAUUCGUCGCUCAGCUCGAACAAAACGAUUCUCUUAUCCCUCAGCGAGUCAAGUUGCUGAACAUCACAUAAAAAAGAGUGCUAGAAGAUCUGUUACAAUUGAUGAUUCUUCACUACCUGCCAAAGAGGAAAAUCCUAGGAUUAAAGAAGCAAAAGGUUCAGUGAACUGUGAAACGCAUGGAGAUAUAGCCUCUUAUACCACCCUCAACAGCUGUGAUGGUAAUAUUGAACUGCCUCUUUCGGAAAAACUUACGUUUGAGGAAAUGAGUGCGUUUUGCAAAGGUGGUAACGCUUUGAAAUCAUCUCCCACUGUGAAUAGCAAGGAAAAAGACGAUGUCUUUUAUGACAUGGAUGCCCUCACUCAAUUUCCAAUGGAAUCCAUUUGUUCUCCUCCACCGGGGGCGUCGAGAGCGCACCUAGAAAAAGAGGACGUGACAGAAAGCGUGAAGACAGGAAAGCUUGUUUGUUGUGAUGGCAACAAUGAGCCCUUAUUGUGGCCUACAGAGAAGGCAGAAUUAGAGCCUGUUAAUAGGAACACAAGAAAGAUUUCGGAUGCAUCACAAAGUAGUGCUGUAGCCCCGCUUGAUGAGCACAAGUACCCAUCGAUGGCGGACGAGAUGUUUGGAGAGGAUAACCAAAUCUGGGAAAAUAAUUCCAUCAAGGCAGGGAAAUUUAAGAUAACCGCGUUGCACGGACCUCAGAUCAGCGAGUUUUCACCUAUACAAACCGACAAUUGUCAAUAUUUCGGAAGAUUUUCUCCCGAAACGAAAGAUGUUUACGUUACGAGCGAGUAUGACAAUGUUACGUCCGUCACGAAUGGAACUAUUUCAGGCUUUGAAGGUUUCAAAACAGCAAGUGGAAAACACGUGUCGGUAUCCUCCGAAGCUUUGGAGAAAGCGAAAGCUACCGUUAAAGAGAUUGACGAAUUGUUAGGUUUGUGUGAGGGUGAUGAUAAGCAAGAAAAACGACAUUUACAGCCUGAGAUUAGUAUGUCAUGUAACGCAACACAAAAUAAUGGCGUCACCUCUUGCUUAAAGGAUAUAAGCUUGCCGCAGAGAGUUGGUGAGACUAUCGCAAGCGACGAAAACCUUUCUGGUUUUGAGAUAGUACAAUCGUCUGUGCCGCCUGGAUUUUGUGGGUUUUCGACUGCUAGCGGCGACCAAAUUCAUAUAUCUCAAUCUGCAAUGCAGAAAGCAAGGAAAACCCUAAGUGGAGUUGACAUCGAUAUGAAAGAUAUUGUAUAUGACGAGGGAAUUAAAAAGUCAAAGAAGGAGCAAUAUUUCCUUAUGGAAAGAGGGGAAGGAGCUCCAGUGAACCAGCUCGCUCCAGCUGAUAACAUCGAUUACGAUUUUGGUAAUAAAGAGGAAAUUCCUCUUUUAAAGAAAGCAAAAAGUGAUGAACUUCGUCUCCAAGAAAAGUGUUGCACUGAACCUCACAGGAUUGCCUCGUUCUCUAGUUCUGUGACUGAAGCACCUGUCAAUGGGAAUGAUGAUCCUGAUUUUGCUUCAGCCGCGUUCUUACUGAUUGAGGAAAAACAACGUGAAAAUGUGCUUCUGAAGGACCACUCAAGGAAGAAUUUUUCUACAAUACGUGCUGGUGAAACAGAAAAUAAGGACCUAACUUUGCAGAGUCCCGCGUACGUCGUGGGUGAUUCUGUAAAUAAACAUUUUGAAAAUGUAAAUGAUUCGUUACUUGAAGACUUGUUGAAUGAUUUCAAGCGCAAAAGACGAGACUCCUUGAUCGCUAUCAGCGGGGAGAGCGACAAAGUGGAGGAGCGUGAACUUAACACGAAAAGUGCAGUCAACAACUCUUGUGAUGUGAGACAUAAGCAUUGUAAUGAAAAAUACUCCUUAGAGUGCAAUGGAAAUGUUUUAAAAGAAAUUCUCCCUGAAUUUGCAAUUGAUAAGUCUAUCUCUGUCUCGAAGGAAACCACUGAACUCUGCACAAAGAUGCAAAGCGGGGAACGCAUUGCCCCUCCAACUGCCUUUUCUGGUUUCCAAACUGCCAGUGGCCAGCUGGUGAAACUAUCUGCGGAGUCAAUGGAGAGAGGAGCGGUCAUAAUGCAGCAGAUUGAUAAUUCCCUUCAGCAAAAUAGGGAGGCCACUGCACCACCACAUGCCUCUUCUGGUCUCCAAAGUGCAAGUGGCCAGCUGAUGAAACUAUCUGCGGAGUCAACGGAUAAAGGUGCGGCCAUAAUACAGCAGAUUAAUAAUUCCCUUCAGCAAAACAGAGACACUACUGCACCAGCAAAUUCCUUUUCUGGUUUCCAAAUUGCUAGUGGCCUUAAAGUGGAACUAUCUGAGGAGUCGAUGGAGAAAGGGGCGGCCAUAGUGCACCAGAUUGACGAAUUCAUUCAGCAAAACAGAGAGAUUACUACACCACCAAAUGCCUUUUCUGGUUUCCAAACUGCCAGUGGCCAUAAAGUGAAACUAUCUGAGGAUUCAAUGGAGAAAGGGACGGCCAUAGCGCACCAGAGUGACAAUUCCAUUCAGCAAAACAGUGAGACCACUGCACCACCAAAUGCCUUUUCUGGUUUCAAAACUGCAAGUGGGCAGCGAGUGAAAAUAUCUGUGGAGUCAAUGGAGAAAGGAGCGGCCAUAAUACAGCAGAUUGAUAAUUCUAUUCAGGGCAACAGGGAGACCACUGCACAACCAAAUGCCUUUUCUGGUUUCCAAACUGCACGUGGGCAGCGAGUGAAAAUAUCUGCGGAGUUAAUGGAGAAAGGAGCGGCCAUAAUACAGCAGAUUGAUAAUUCUGUUCAGGGCAACAGAGAGACCACUGUACCACCAAAUGCGUUUUCUGGUUUCCAAACUGCUAGUGGGCAGCGAGUUGAAAUAUCUGCGGAGUCAAUGGAGAAAGGCGCAGCCAUAUUACAGCAGAUUGAUAUUUCUGUUCAGCGCAACAGAGAGACUACUGCACCACCAAAUGCGUUUUCUGCAUUUCAAACUGCUAGUGGCCAUAAAGUGAAACUAUCUGAGGAGUCAAUGGAGAAAGGGGCAGCCAUAAUGCAGCAGAUUGACAAUUCCAUUAAGCAUAACAGGGACACCAUUGCACCUCCAAACGCCUUUUCUGGUUUCCUUACUGCUAGUGGACAGCAAGUGAAUAUAUCUGCGGAGUCACUGAAGAAAGGAGCGGCAAUAAUGCAGCAGAUUGAUAAUUCUCUACAGCAAAACAUGGAGACUACUGCACCUCCAAAUGCCUUUUCUGGUUUUCAAACCGCCAGUGGCCAAAAAGUAAAGCUAUCUAAGGAGUCAGUGGAAAAAGGGGCGGCCAUAAUGCAGCAGAUAGACGAUUCCAUUCAUCGAAACAAGGAGACCACUGCACCGUCAACUGGCUUUUCUGGUUUCCAAACUGCCGGUGGCCAGAAAGUAAAACUAUCUGUGGAGUCUAUGAAGAAAGGAACGGUUGUAAUGCAAGAGAUUGACAAUUUUAUUCACAGAGACAAAGAGAAGGUUGAUCAACCUCUUCCGAGAAACAUAGACGGCAGUGAGUCCACAAAUUGUUUUUCUGAAUGCAGCGCAAACGUAUCCAGUGCUUCAGGUUUUUCUGGUUUUCAAACCGCAAAUGGUAAAACGGUACAGAUCUCGGAAUCAGCACUCGCAAAGGCAAAAGACACUAUAGCUAGCAUUGAGAAUGAUGUUAAAAAAUCUAGGACAGGAACAGAGGGAGUAUUAAAUGACUCCUCAUUUAAAGGAAUGGACAAAUGGAAACUGGUUAAUCAAGAUACAGAUAGUGCAAUCAGCGACGGUCACCUUGUACCUGCGAUGUUUCUUGGAAGUUCCACACCUUCACGUGACGGACGCUGCUCAAAUGAACAAGAUGAUGCGGUGUCCCGUGAGAUUCUCGAAAGUUCUGAAGCCCUUCUGGCGUAUGAAUCUUCUCUGGAUGUCUCAGAAUACGACAAGGUUACUAUUGCAUGGGACUCAUUGAGUACAAGUCCAGUUUCAAUGACAGGAAGUGCUAAAGGUAAACGAAUUUGUGGCUUGUUACAAACCUCAUGUUCUAUUUUCCUUCGACACGACACGAAGUUCUGUUAUCAAUUAGUCAAAACUAUAACAAAAAUUGAGAUAGAAAAUAGACGUCUGUUAUACGUUUUCAUAAAAAAAAAAACGACAACAGUUAACUCGGUCCUAUUAGUGCUCAAAUCGGGCUGGUGAUAACCAAUCACUUUAGAGAAUUUUUUUACUUUUGAUUAGGACAAAUAUAGGAUCUCUGAACGAUAAUUGUUGGAAAAUGAGGUUGGACCGGAUGAAAAUUAUUCAACUGCUCUCCUAUUUCUGCUAUAUACAGGGUUGCCUUCUAAUUCUAAGGAAGACUUUCAAAGACGCCACUCAACACCAGUAAGUGAUGUUAUUCGGUUGUUUCUCCACUACACGCAUGAGUACAUGUCUUCAGACAGCUAUGUACUUAGAAAAUAUGAGCGAUAUCGUGCUCGAUCUUUGUUUAGAAGGACAUAUAACGAUGCCUUAUUAAGCUUAGAGACGCUUUUUGAAUAUAAAGUGAUUUUGUUCGUUUCAUAUGUUCUGUUUUUAUUCAUUUAAUCAGAGUUCAUUCAUUUCUCGAGGAGCAAACGAUCAGCAUAGGAAAAGUUCCAAACAGUUGGCUUUCCAUGCUUAUGUUAAUGUAAUUUCGGCGAUUUAAGCUUGUAUUCUUUUAAUCUAUCUAUGAAAAUUACUGAAGUGCGAACCUUUUUGUAUUCUCAACUUUUUUUUCUUUACACUGUAACAGCAAAGGUGUGGCAAAGACAUGGUGAACAGAAAUCAUAAGGAAACUCGGAGUGGAUUGAAACCUUGUUCAACAACACCAUCAGGUAUUUUCUUGACUUUAGUUAAAACCCUUCAGGCAUACCUAUUCUUACAACCUGUUUUGUUAGCGCAUUUCUUUGGCUGUUCUCAAUUCUCUUUUUCUCUCUGUGGUUAACUAUUUUCCCUUUUCAAUUUCUAUUUUGGUCAGGUGUUUUCCAUGAUCGGAGGGUACACCUUCAUGCUCCUUUGCGGGCGCGUCUGGCCACAGUCGAAAACACGUUUACACCAAGGUAUAAAGGAUAUAACUGUUUCAAUAAGAAAAACGCGGGAGGUACAGGAGACUGUGCCUGAGUGAACAAUUGAAUGUCGUAUAACGAAAACCAUAGUAAUCAUAUAGGCCAAUCAGAAGACAGGAAAGUAUCUGAGGAUGAGAACUCGAAGUAGAAACAAGCACACGAUGAACACUGGUGACUUGUUUGUGAUUAGUGUUAGUUUUGCAUAUGACUUGUUGUCAUAUGGUGAGAAUAUUCUCGACCAGUUACCAAGCGUAGUGAAGCAAAACAGAUGCAAUCCUUUCGACACUCAUUUGAAAAUUGCUUCACUUAGGAACACAACUCGUGCUGCACAAUUCUGAGGGCAAUCGUGCUAGCACUUUCAAGUCUGCUUCGGUCUAUGCACUUGGCUAAAAUGAAUUUCUCUCAUGAUCAUUUCCUGAAUUGUACUUCACUCCUCUACAACUACUGGAUAUCGAAUUAGGACUUUGUAAUAUUUCUUGAUAGGUGGAGCGAUUGCAUGCGUCAUUUUGUGGCUUGGUCAUGAUAUAGCACCUCUAUAUCCUCUCUUCAACGCAUACUUGCCGAACCACCCCAUUAAGGGAGGGUCGCAACAACUCCGUGUUGUCAAAGCUAAGUUAAGCGCCAAUGUUUUGAAACACCAGCUUUUCGCCAUUGUUUGCUAAAGAUUUACCCGUGUCAUUUCUCUCACUGGAACGUUUUUGCGUGAAGUUGCAUGUUUACCAGGUGUAGUAACCUUGAUAUUAAUUACUUGCUCCUGUAUUUUCAGAGGAUCAGACAGCACUCGCUCGUUGAACCCGUUGCGAGCCACAACCCCUGGCUGCUUCAAAACCAAACAUAUUCCUUCAGCAAGAACAAGCAUCCCUUUAAAUUCCAACGUAAUGCAUCGUACGUCAGCCCCUCGUCCACUUUUCAUUACGCCUUAUAGAAACCCAGAAGUGUCAACGGUUGUCUCUCCCCUUGCCCGUUGUAGCAGCUCUUCUUUUCCAGUGAGCGAGUCUCCAAAGCCCCACAUAACGGAUUUGAUGGAACCAAGCUCAAAGAAAGCAAAACUUUCAUCACGAAAUUGUUCAUCUGUGAUUAAAUGUGGUCAGCCUGAGACUUCAUCUAAGGUUAGUCUGAUACAAGUUGUUGUAGGUCAAGCACUGGUGAGGUCAGAUGGUGAGAUCUUUGGUCAGGUGCUCGCGCUCAGCGCUUUUGUACAACAGUAGCCAUCUUCACUAUCAUACGGCCACACCGGUUUUUUAAUUAUUGUUAUGGAUAUUAUGUUUUACAUUAUUAUGAUUAUUUUUAUCAUUAUUUAUUUACUUUUGGAGGGAAGGAGUAAUAUCUUGUACUCAAUUCAGAGGUCACUCUAUUGUGGUCGUUGAUAGGUGAACUUUGUGAGCGUAGCAUUAUUUACAACUAACCGGCGUGAGUGUUUAAUUAAAGCUUGAAUAUUCUAUUUAUGCACAGGUUUCCCUUGAGUUUUUGAAAAACUUUUAUCGUAUUACUUAAUGAACUCUUGGCGUUGAAUAAAGUCGCUAGACCUCCAUUGUAAUUGCCGUUUUUCUUAGUUUUUACUUUCAAUGAUCUUGAGUAGGUUUUCGGUAACCUCUUCACUAAUUUAUGAUUUUUUAAGUAAAUCUGAUCGUAAGGUAUCAUUCUUUCAGAGCAAAGAGGGACUUAAACCGCGGCCUGGUUUCUUAUCUGGACUGCGCCGCCACAAUAAACGGAUAAAGCUUAAGGAUUAUGUUGGGAGCAGCACACUUCCAGGGAGAUACACUGCUGCAGAGGUGAGAUUCCAACUAUACCUCCACUGCUUUUGUUCAUUAAUGACAGAAUGAAACAAGGGAAAAGAACAUAAACAAGCUAAGAGAACUUACCAAAACAUCAUCUUUUUAAAACUGACCGAGGAAUUAUCGUCCUUCGAGACAUAGAUUGAUUCGUAUUAUCCAAGACUCUUUUUACCUCAGACAAAGCGUGUACAAUAACAAAGAUUUGAGAAAUCUCUUAUCUCUUUGUUUUUCGACCUCAGUUGCUUCAGAUCGGUGUGUUUCCAGAGGUGAUUUCUGUUACCUCCACGAACGCAGUAUCAUUUCGGUUCUGUGGGAGGAAGUACUUCAGUGAAACUGCUUUGUCCAACGGCGGAGGUGUUAGAACUGAGGAUGGAGGUGUGAUGCUUGUCGGGAGUGAUAACUGCGUCGGUCUGGAAGAAAUACAGAGGUAUCUAUAUAAAAAAAAAUAGUAAAAUAAAAUAACUUAAAAAGAAAAAAGAUUUGGUUUGUGACAAACAUUCGGCCAAUUUGAUAUUCCCUUCGCGCAACGCUUUUACAAAUAACCAAUCUACUCGGUAAUGAGGCAGCUAGUGCUGCAAAUCUACAAAUACCUGUGGUGAAAGUACUGUCUUACAAUUGGGUGUGUUCGACCCCGGAUAGAAAGGCGUGGGUUCGAGCCCUGGGCAAGUCAAUGUGAUAUGCCACUGUGCUCGAAAGUUUACUCUUUUCACUCAGGAUUAGGAAUGGGUGCUAUGAACGUCCAGGGAAACCUGAUGAAAUGCUAGGUGAUAAACGCAGCAAGUAGCAUCCUAUUCGAGGAGAGGAGCAAUAUUUCUAGAUGCUUCAUGUCACUGACAGAGGCCGGGGAUAGACUCAGCUCAAUUAAAAUCGUAUUUUUACUUCGUUAGUACGUUCUUAACCACACCAGGCGUGGACAGUCAGCUGAUUAGUGAGGAGUGGAUUGCUAAUCAUUACAGAUGGCUCGUCUGGAAACUCGCCGCAAUGGAAGUUGCUUUUCCGCAUCAUUUUGCUGGCAGGCAAGCUUUUGUUUCGCAUCUAAAUUACUCUUUUGACUCUAAUGUGUACACGAGUCUCUUAAAAGUAAAAAGAAUCCACAGUAACUAUAACAACGUCGAGAGACACGAGCUGCCACCAAUUAGAGUUUUAUUGAAAAUCGGUAAAGUGGUGCUUUCUCAACAAAUUGAAUUAAUUAUCCAUUUCGUAUGUACUUUGUAGAGUAAAAUUGGAGUCUUAUUUAAACACGGCUUACACGCGAUUAUGUGCAGUAUGUUUUUUUUUUCCGAGAAAGGUCGGUUUUAUAAUUCUUCUCCUUCAAAUUUCACUUUCCAAUUUUGCUUCUUGACUCAAUAUGAGUGUUGUGUUUCUGUUCCCAGAUGCUUAACACCAGAUUGGCUUCUGUGUCAACUCAAGUACAGAUAUGACAGGGAAAUCGAUGGCAGUGAAAGGUAACGUGGAGUCGACUCAGUCGGAUUAAAACGGACCAUUUGGCUGGCUACGCCAGCAAGUAAGAUAAAAUGAAUCCUGUGUUCUGAAUGGUCGUACGGAAAGAGCCUUUUUUGCCGGGUCGGUGUCACUCGCUUUGCCCUUGCAGAAAACGUAAUCAAACAAACAAACAAACUCUUACGCAAUACUAUUAAAAAAUUAAAUAAAUAGAAAAAAUAAUAAUAAUAAAAUGAAACAAAGACAAGAUAAAAAACCCACAACAAUAACAACGACAAAACAACGUUAAUGUUCGUGGCCGACGUACAAACGUUCGGGCAUUUUUCCCAACAAGGUUUUCUGGUUGAGUCAAGUCUUUACAACAGUCACCAAAGCAAACAAGGGAGGGUAUCGUUAGCUUAGUUUGUUACAUUCUGAUUUACCUGUAAUAUUUAUUUGGUGAGCCUGUUUAGUCACGAUUGUUUUUUUUUUUUCAAGUCCACGAAAACGUGCAACAAAAUAUUAAUUAUCAAAAGAAAGAGAGCCGAGAAAGAACUAAGCCGGUUCUUAAGGUAGCCACCAAGAACUAAAACUUGGCCAACAAAGCGUAUAUACUUCGAUAAUAAACCUUCUGAUUGUUCAUCUUGAUUAUACAGAUCUGCACUGAAGAAAAUCAUGGAGCGCGAUGAUGUGUCUAGUCGCACAAUGGUACUUUGUGUAUCAAGCGUCACAGUAACGCAAGAGGACAAGGAGAAAAACGCAACAGAACAAAGUGAUGACCAAGACGAAAAAGACGGCCAGAGCAGGAUGAAAAUGGAGGUUAGUCAGAGUGAUGUUAUUACAGUUUUAUACAGCUUACCUCCUUUGUUUUCGCUUGUUUAAAAGGUAGAACUCAUGUGAGUCUUUGAUAGAAGUGACUAGGGGUUUUUGCUACUCCAGGAUGGAUCCAGGAAUGCUUGCCGGGCUGGGGGAAGGAGGGGGGGAUGGAUGGCUUCUAGACCAUGACACACGCUGUGUAUACUCUUCUCGCAUCGCUCUGCACUUCUUCAGGUCUCCGAGACAGUUUUCUGGCACCAGUUUGUGGGUUGAUAUGACUUACUAGUAAAAUUUCUUUCUCAACAACAUUACACAGCAACCACGGACCUUUCGAUCUUGUAAUCAGUGCGCUCUCCUUAAAGCCACCGUUUCUCCCUCUGUUUAGAGGCUGAAUAACGUGUUUUUAUAACUGUCAUUUCAGAGUUGUGCUAUCAUUGAGGUUACUGAUGAUUGGUACAGCAUACGAGCAAUAUUGGACAAACCGCUUACCAAGCUGCUACGUGAUAAGAAGAUUUUUGUGGGUCAAAAGCUGAUUGUUUGUGGUGCUGAAUUAGUAGGAUCUGAACAAGCUGUCUCCCCUCUAGAGGUACAUAGGUACACUGUAACGUGUUUCUUCUUGACUGUGGACGCCCAAGAUGAAAAUGCUUGUCUUAUAAGUGUAACUUAAAUUUUCAUGCUUUUCAUUUGCUUUCACAGGCUUAUCAUCCUCGCAUUUCUUAGAUCAAAACAUUGAUUGGCUCUGUUUUGUUGUAGGCUCCUUCAACGUUGAUGUUACGGCUGCAUGCUAACUCAACUCGGCGUGCACGAUGGGAUGUGAAACUCGGAUUUCAUCAUCAUACGCAUGCGUUUCCGUUACUGCUUUCCUCUUUGUUUGGCGAUGGUGGAUUUACAGGAUGUGUAGAUAUUAUAGUUUUGAGACAAUAUCCUGUUCAGGUAAUUGACUAAUAACUAGGUUUCUUGACUAAUAAGAAUCUUAAAUGAGCUUACUACUUCACAGCUGCUACAUCGUGAACGUGUGAUCCUGCAAUUAAAAUCGUCUCCAUCAUUAACUUUCCUUAAUCAUCGUGGUUCCUUCUUAAAAUGGCUGUAUGUAUUUCCUUAUACAAUUUCCAAUAAGUAAAUGUACAGUAGGGUGCGCGCUUCCUUGGAAAAAAAGUUUAAGUUCGUAAUCCAGUCUUUAAGUUGUGUUUUCGGGCGAAACGCUUUAGUUUCACAGUGCCCUUCUUGCUGUAAGCGUGUUUCACCAGUUUAUCUUACAGCUAUUGCGAUUUAUUUUUUCGCAGUGGAUGGAAAAGAUGCCUGAUGGAACCAACGUGUUCCGCAAUUCUCGCCUCGAGGAGAGAGAGGCCAAAAAGUUUGAAGCAGAUCGUCAUCAACGAAGGGAAAAGUUGUUUCUCAAAAUACAAGAAGAGUUUGAAAGGGAAUGCCUGGAGCCAGGUGCGUGAUCGUGAUGAUUGUUGGAAAAUCAGUUCUACUGGAAAUAAAUCUGUAGACCUGUCAGUAAAGAAAUGCAUAGAAUAAAAAAAAAACAAGAGAAACAGAAUAGAAAGAAAGUUUGCUGAAGGACUCUCCUUGCCUUUUUAUUGUAGAGAGAGAAAGGAGAAGAUCAGCAAGAUUUCGUCGCCGUUCGUUUUUACCACGUGAUUUGAAAGAUUUGCAUGAUGGGAAAGAGAUUUACGAAGCUCUUACACAGGCCACGGACCCGGAUGCAGUGAAAGUUAGUAUUACUCUCGUUCGUUUGUAAUGCUAAAAGUUACAGUACUUGGUGUGUUUCUUUGAAAUGUGCCAUCGCUGGUGCCUAUCAUGACAAAGGGCGCAACAAGAUGAUCAUAUGGCCUUUGUCCAGCAAUAUAAGAAGAGAAAAAACACUCAAGAAAUAACAGAAUUGUUUAUUCAGGGAGGAAGAUGAUAGCUUAUGCUUUUUCCAGCUGAGUGUCUAAAGGAAAUUCGAUACUUCGCUGCCUUUUUUGUCUCAAUUAGGUCUGGAUUGGUCUACAAAACUUGUUCCAUCCUUUCAAUCAGUCCGAUUUAAAACUAAUACCAAUCGCGACUUGCGCAUUUGCAUCCUAUUUGCCUUUCGUGAUGAUUUCUUUGUUACUUUUGUUGUCGUUUGUUUUUCCUUUGUGCCAUUACUCUAGAUUUAGUCUUACAAAACUCAGAUGAGAGCCUUCAAAGUUAAAAUUUUUCCUUGAUUUGAGGAUAACAAUCAGUCCCGAACCUGAUGAACCUGUUCACUUAUUGUUCAUCGAAUUUUACAGCCGCUGGAGACAGCAAUUAAAAGAGAUUGUCUCUAACUGUCUGUCGUGAUUUUUAUCAAGGAGUGCCUCGAUGAACGCCAAAUGCGAGCUCUAGAGGAAUACCAGCGUGCAUCACAAGAGAAGAAAUUCGCUGAAUUACAGAGCAAGUUUGAACGCACUUGGAAGGAACAGGAAGAGGAGGUAAUUCAUGCAUUGUUUUGCUGCAACAUCUUUACCUUUGUUCCUGGUGUUCUUUUUUCUUUUCCCGAUGGUUUCGUGCGAUUUGUUCAUCAUAUCCUCUGGUAUUCCUCCGGCUCAAAAGAUCAACUCAACAAAUUCCAGAAUUAGCUGGCUACAACGAAUGAAGAUAAAAUCCGGCGGUAAUACCACUGCUAAUUACCAGUGGCAUUCGUGCGUCCCUUCGUUCGUCGGUUGCUAUGUGGGUCCAUCGGCCGUCGUUGUCAUCAAUUUUUACCGGACAUUAUUUAUAUUGUGAUUUAUCUGAAUGUGAAAUGUAACCAGUUAUUUUAGACACGAAUAUAACAUCUUGAAACACAUAUGGAAGCGGUCCUCGCAGUUAUGAACACUACUCAAGUAGUAGUGAAAAUAAAGCCAGAAAAUAAUUUUUUCAGUUGUUCUGUUGUUUGCACUAACAGUUUGUGUUAUUUGUCUCCUCAGCACCAGCCCCAAAGAAAUGUGGUGCCUCUGCUCAAAGUUCGGAUUGCUGACUAUUUGCUCAAAGGUCGGGACAGGCAACGUAAGUGAUAUUUCUUUGAAGCAGGAGGGGUGGAAGAAAAGGUGAAAACACUACAUGAGUGUUUCCUCUCAAUUAGUCUCAAAGUAAGCAAAAAUUGGUAGGAACAAACAAAUCAACCAAGAAAUAAAUGAAUGAAUAAAUAGAUUAAAGAUGGAACUUCAAUUGUCCACAGCAAAACGUUUUAGUGUUCUACCGUUUUUGGUCUAAGGUCUAUGCAGUUCUAGCGGACGAUACUCCAAUGAUUUCCGUCGCCAUUACCUGCAUGGUUACUUAAACUCUUUCAAAAUUGCACCCAUUGCUAAGUAUCAGCUGACCACUCACCGUAUUCUCAGCAUUCUCGAGGUGUAUGUGGUAUCUUUGCCUUACUCUCGUUCAUGAUCAGUCUUGAUCUGAAGGAUUUUCGUCAAUUUCGACGACCUUCCCCGUAAAUAAGCUCCCAUUUGAGGUACGAAUCGAGGCAAGCAUGGACUCUUUGGUAUAUCCACCCUCACUUCCCGCGUAGGCCGCUUCCCUUCCGCGCUCAUCUUUCACUGUUAUGUUUACCUAAGCGGGAACUAAACUGAAGGCGACGAUGACCAACAAAUAAGGGCUGUCAGACUUCCUAAAAAUGGAAUACCCUAACCUCAUCCCGCUCUUAGGUUCCUGAGGUCGCAAGGGUAUUCAAGUUUUUAAUUCAAUCUGACCAUUACAGAUGCUGUCUUGAGCAUUUGGCGACCGAGCGAAGAAGUCAUGCAAUUGUUGAGCGAGGGAUCCAGGUUGAGAAUUUAUCAUCUAACAGCAUCAGGUGUCCGGUAAUGCCAUGUUCGUUUUGUGGUUAAUAUUUUCACCUUCUUAGUUCUGUUGUUGCUUUAAUUUCGGUACUGAUAUUUCCGUACUGAUUUCUAAUUCAACGCUUUUUCAGCUAUCGCCAGGGUGUGAGUGAACUCCAGGUGAGAAGGAAUCAACUCAUUUGUCUGAGCACUUUCUUUCUUUUCGUUUUUUUCGUAAUCUUUUUUGUUGUUUUAUCGUGUUUGAAGCCAACCAAUGGACGCACGGUGUUACCUCUCCUCUAGAAAAAUUUUUAAACACACCCCCCCCCCUUCCUCCCUCUACAUCGCCUAUGAAUUUUCAGGAAAAAACCAAACAGGGUGAUUCUGGAUGCAAAUUUUCUUGAAUAACUGGGCUAGUUACCGUAAAUAAUAUUAUUUAUACACGGUAGAACCAAUCUCCCUGCCUGAUGUUGUAAUACUUUUACCUUUUGCCCCUUGCUGUCUUUUUGGUCAUGCUGGUGAUUGCAAUUUUUCUUUUCUUGCUCUUUAAAUCAUUGCUUCUUAUAUUUACCCACAAUCCUUAUUCUUGCCCAUCAAAGCUUUCUGCAACGAGAACAACCAGAUAUCAGGACCUAUCAAGUGAUCCCGAAGUCAAAAGAAUGGUUUACGUUCCUCGACAGGUAUGCAUUCUACAAUCGAUUCGUAAUAUUUUUAUUCAUUUAUUAAUUCAUUUAUGUAGUCAUUUACUUAUUUAUUUUUUAUUUGUUUGUCUCCGCUCGACGAGUAUAGAUUAACAAGAAGAUUUGAUCAUAAAAGUUUCUAGCGACCUAAGGCUGUCCUGCUUGCGUUGUUAUUACUGUUCUUGAAAUUUUGUGGUUUCUUCUUACAGUUUGUCGUGAUCACUGAACGAGUUUCAUUUUAUGUUUCUCUUCUUCAGGUCUGUUCAUUUCAUGGGUUACGCUUCAACUAUUCGCAGUCGUCUUCGGAAGUUGAUUUGGUUGGACUAGUGAUCUUUUGCAGUCCUCUGUCGUCCUUCUCUAGUUCAAGGUAGAGUCGAAAUAUAUUUCAACUCUCGAAGUGAUGAGCAGCUUUUGUAUAUAGUUAUUCGUCAACCUCUCCUGAGAAGGAAACGUCGUACUUUCUUUUUUCUUUCGAUUAUCGUGUAAAAGAAGACAUGCAACAUUGUUGAACUCUGUUCUCAAACCUAUUCCGUAUCUCUGUGAGAAUACGUUCUACUAGAGCUCUAUUGAUUUUUAUUAACAACUAUUCAUUGUAUUAUUUGCCACUAGUUCCAAUGUACAGACCGUCUAUUUAUCUGACGAAGAGAGCAACAUAGUAGCAAUCAAGUUUUGGGAAGGACUAAAGGUUUUAAGAAAUUCCUGUAUUCUUUUGGUUUUGUUGCACUGGUUGGUGGUUAUAUGUUUAAUUUUAACUUCACCCUUUAAGCUCUUUUUUUUUCUUCCAAGUUUUUGAAGAGUUCUGUUCAAAUUCCGAAGGAAAACGUUUCUAUAUUGGAAGUGAACAACGCAGGAAAUUCGAAACGUCUUUACAUCCAAUUCAGUUACAUGUAAUCCUAACCUCUUGCAAAUUGUUACUCGCGUAUUCCGGCACACAUAUGUCGCAAUAAGCAGUUGAAAUGAUUACAAUCUCGACUCAAAUGAUCUGUUAUCUCGAUGUAACAUUUGUCCUCUUUGAUAAAUGCAGGCGGUUGCUGUAGAUGAUCUUAUCAAAGCUGGUAACUUCAUAUGUUGCAGUAACCUGACAGUCCGCCCAGACGACCGCGCCCAGUGCCCGUCAUUAACCUUCUGGGAACUGUCAAACGUUUCCCUGAAGCCUCGUGAACCACACCUGCGGGCUGCCCUACAUACCCUACAGCAAAGUAUACAGGUAUGUGCAUGCAAAUGUGUAGAAACGCGGUAGCCCGGGAAUAAGACACUUUAAGCCCGUUAUGUAAACAAAGUUUAGUCGUUGUUUGACAAAACUGCGUUCCAAGCAACCGUCAGUUUAGCCGAAUCUCUUAUGUGGACAUUUAUUUUUGUGAAUAGUGUCAAGAUGGCGGAAAGCUAAUAGUGGAAGGACAUUUAUUUGAUUAAAUCGACCCUCUUAUAGAGAAUCCAAGAGGCCCACUACUUGCUUAAAACCGCGGUUUAGGUGAGACCUCGUGUAAAGAACCGGCCCUUUAAGUCUGUUAUCAUGAUGUCGUAUUCUGUCAAGAGUGGACACAGCUUGGCCUGAGUUGCUCCACUAUUAGAAAAGGGCAUUGUUUCUCUCUUUCUUUUUCAGUUCUUUUUUGUUACUGCAUAAGCCAAUUUCUUUGUCUCCCACUCAUCAGUUUCUAUAUAAAGGCUCGGUUGUUUGCAUUAUAGUUGGAAUUCUAGUUUAUUCCCCGAACUACUUCCAUUAGAAUUUACACAUAUCCAAUGAUGUUAUAUCAAUAUUCCGGCUUGGUAUUCACUUCCGUGUUCGUUAUGCAAAAUGUCACUUUCAGUAAUCCGACCUAAUAACUUCAUGAACGCUCAAAAGUUAUUUUCCCUGGUAGCAGCUCGAGGAAAUGAUGAGUUAGGAAUAUCAGAAUUCUCAAUCAGUAAUGCUACAUUGGGGCAUGAGUUUCUUUUUGUUGGAUUGUUUUCAGGAUUUGCGCCUAUUUAUGAGCCAGAUUCAAGAGAAGCUUAAUUUCAUUUUGCAUCCAAAUAAAGCAUCGUUACCAGAGAAUCUAAAGGUCGACGCGAUCCGUGUCCAUCGUCAAUCGUUAGACAUUACCUCCAGCCUCUGUCAAAAUAAUGGUUUCAUUUCUUCUAAAGCAAAAGAAGUAUUACACUCCUCUGGGAAGGUGGGUAUGAACUCGUGGAAAAUCAAAACAGCUUCUGAACUUUCUUUUUCCUCUUUAUCAAAUCGAUUAAGGCUUUGCAUUUCAUGGCGACAGGCUCGUUUUCUUCGUGUCGCUGACGGAUCAAGGUGUAGCACCCAUUACAGUUUUCAUCUUGUACCAUAGCUCAGCCCGUAAUACCAAUAGAAUAUUGCGGUUUUCAUCUUGCUAAUUUAUUCGCCUCGAAUUAUUUUCUUUUUCAUGACGAGCGAAUGUAAUGCAUCAAGAAAAUCAAGCCAACGUGAUCUUGAUGAAAAUUCAGUCUCUCUUCUUAAAGCCCAUUACUAAGAGAUUUUUCCAACACACUGUUUACGUAUUUUCUUUCAGGAAAUUGGCCCAAACUUACUCGCACCACUAUCUUCAUGUGUUGAUGUUAAAGUUUCGCACCAAUCAGAUGACCCCAGCUUGGAGACUCCCGAUCCAGCCACGCAUAAAGUCAAUUCCCGCGCAAAGCGUACACGUUCCAAACGGAAGUUAUUAGAGAGUAUCCCAGAACCUCCGCCUUUAUCGCCGCUACCCAGUCUCAUUCCGGCUAGUGUCAGAAGAGAAUUCAAAAAGCCCCGGCGAGCUGAAAGCCCAGGAAAUAUCCACAGUAAACAGUGAAGACUAUGCGGGAACUACAGAAUAUUGUACACCGAUUAAGGAACGCGCGCAUCAAGUUCACCGUCUGUUCAUGUUAGAUUCACCGAACGGUCCCUGCCUCAUUUAACAAGGCAGUUACCAUCAGUCAGACCUGACUGGCCACGCCGGUCCAUUCUUAACCCUCAAAUUCCAAGAAGGGAUUAAUAUUUAACUUCUCCUUGCAAUUCUUAUAUGUUAUCUUGCAAACAGGUUUUGAGAAAAGAUGAAUUUUUCGGCUAGGGGUUGUUUUCUUGAUAUUCUACUGGAAAGCUAUGGCAGUUUGUAAGUGCAAUUGUUAUGCGGAUCUUGGAAGUCAAAGAGUUAAAGAGAAUCCUGCCCUUUCAUCAGUGAGUACUGUUCGGCCAGAUCGGGAAACCUUAGAUUGCCUUGACAACGUUAUGAUGGAUUUUUUCUUAAUUUACUUAAAAAAAGGGUCCAUUAAGCGUUGAAUUAACCAGAAUGUCGGUCAAUGUAGUAUGUACCCCUUAUUAUUACUGCGGUGAAACAGAAAUCGGUUCCACUUGUGUUUCGAGAUAAUGGUUAAUUUUUUGCGGUAUUUCAUUAUCAUGUUGGGUUAUAUUCUUUUAAUUGACCUGGUGUGUGUACAAUGCAUUUUAUCCGAGAUUUCACAUAUGAAAUAUUGCGUCAUCAAACCUGGUAUAUAAACAGGUCAGCCAAUUGGCUGUUAUUGUAACCUUAAGAUUUGGUCCCCAGCUAAGUCUGGUAAGACAUUCUGUACAAAAUCUUAUAAUUUCGAAGAUGAUAAAAAUUCAUUUGGACGGCCCUCUCGCGCGUGCGAAUCAAUAGCGAGGUAAGCCGUCAACAGUAUCACUUAAAUUAUUCGGCGAAAAAACUUACUUUCAGUUCUAAGAAGUUAAUUUUCAUCUUUAUAACUAAUUUCACUGGUUUUCAUAUUCCCAAAGCGAGUCUUUGAUUGAAAGGUUUAUAAAUUUUACAUGUGUACGUUAUGUCUUCAUUUUAGACGCUAAAGGGCGAUGUGUUUUUGUUAAGAACAAGAAAUUUUGAUUAUCUUUGGUUUCAACAAACGGAUAAGUUGUAUAAAAGAUAAAUAGUAAAAGUUACAUUAGCAUGGUUUUAUUACAGUAACGAUAAUGGUUAAAAGUAAGCUUAAGUUUUUGAAAAACGAUACUUUAAAAAAUACAUAAUUUACCACUGUUUUGUGAAACUGCUUCCUGCAAUGUACUUCCUAGUCUCCUUCGCAGCUUCUUCGACGCCGUCCUUAGACUCGUCACGCAACGCUCUUCUUGCGUGACGAGUCUAAGAACGGUUGCAAAAGGGGACUAGGUUCUUCCAUGUCAGAACAAGUUGUUCAGUUUUUAUUGACAAAAGCUUUCGACUUAAGGUAUUGUUUAAGGACAUAAUCGAUUUGUCCUCGAUGAUUUAUUUAUGGUUGUAUUUGCUAUGAAGUAUUGGAAUAA